AUGUUGCUGCUAACGCUAUCUAUUGCCGCGGCUUUUGCCGUCCUGGCCUACGGAGUAUCUUGGGUCUUGGUCGAUUAUGCCCGCGUUCUGAGACUUAGACGAAAGAUGGCACCGGGCCCGCUUCCCUAUCCUCUCUUCGGCAAUAUCUUCAUGAUUCCCACUAGCAGACAGUGGGAAAAGUUUGAAGAAUGGUCGAUCAAGUAUCAGAGCCCCAUCAUCACCAUUUGGGAUGGGCACACUCCCGUUGUUGUUUGUAAUGAUUCUUGGUCGAUAUCAAACCUGUGCGACAAGCGAGCCAACAUUUAUUCGUCCAGGGCAGUGAAAACGCUCACAGGCAAGGUGUUUGGCCUGCACAAGUUUAAUCAAGCGGGCCUACCCUAUGGCGAUCAGUGGCGUUUGCAUCGCAGACUUACUCAUUCUGCUGCGAAUCCACAGGUUGUGAAGUUAUACCGAAAUACACAGGCAAAUGAGGCCAAGGUAUUCAUCGAUGACUGUCUCAAUGACCCAAACAAAUUGGUGGAAAGCGCUUUGCGUUUCACUGUCUCUAUAGUCUCCAUCAUUGCUUGGGACCGUCGUAUAAGCAGUGAAGCCGACACCGUCCUCAAAGUUGCACAGGCAUUUGUUGGAAGUGCCAAUAAUGGGUUUCCUGGAAAGACCUAUACAGAGGCUAUACCUAUCCUUGCUCAGAUGCCUGCUUGGCUAAACCCCCUUCCAAACCAACUGAGAAAACUCGCAACCACCUCCAACAAAUAUUUCUACGCAUUGUGUGUGGAGGCAGCCGAUGCCCCGCAGGAUAACUUCGCUAAACGCCUAUUGAAGGAGAAGGAAGAACAUGGUCUGAGCAAGGUUGAGAUAUCAAAUCUGACAGGAAAUUUCAUUGGUGCUGGAGUUGACACCACCACGAGUACACUGUUGACAUUCAUCAUGGCCAUUUGUCUCAACCCGGAUGUCCAGCGAAAGGCACACGAUGAGAUCGAUCGUGUUAUUGGCCCUGAAAAAUACCCGGAUUGGACGGAUGAAGAGAACCUUCCCUACCUAGCAGCAAUUAUCAGUGAGACCUUGAGAUGGAGGCCAGCGUUUUCGCUUGGUGGCCCUCCUCACGCUCCGGUCGAGGACGACAUAUACAACGGAUAUCUAUUCCCGAAGGGAACCGCCAUUAUCGGCAAUCUCUACGCCAUUUCGCGCAAUUCUCGGGAGUACCCCCAGCCUGAUCGGUUCUGGCCAGAACGAUUCCUUGAUGGAUUCGAUCGACCAGAUUACCCCAAUAGAAAAGGUCAUAACGUCUUUGGUUGGGGGAGGCGUGUGUGCAGUGGAGAAGCCUUAGCACAACAGAGUCUUUACUUGACUAUCCUCUUUAUGUUAUGGGCUUUCGAAAUCCGCCCAGGAUUGGAUGAUCAGGGAAAUGAGGUUGCCCUUGACCCAAAUGCGUACACUGCUUCUCAAGUCACCCGGCCAAUGCCUUUCAAAUUGCGACUCUUGCCACGGUCGACAACGAUUGUCGACCUGGUCAAACAAGGGGCUGCGAAGGCUCGCUCGGAACUGCGAGAUUUCGAUUUUGAGACAAAGGUCACAUUUGAAAAUGCUCAAUCUGUAUCUCUUGAUAUGCCUAUUGCACAUUCUGAGAAGAGCUAG